ACUGUGCAGUCGACCCAGCAACUACAUCAAACAUAGAGCUGCCUGUUUCACGAGUCAUGAGUUCUAUUGGUUACGACCCUUACUUUCCCUCCUCUUCCCACAAGAGGAGGGUGACGCUGCGCAGUGGAGGGUAUGGAGGUAGUGCAGGAGGAAUGACAUCCAGGUCGGUGUAUUCCAGCCUCUCUGCCCCCCUCUCAUCUCAUGGGUCAUCCCGGCUGCAUUACCCAACAUACAGCCGUAGCUCCUCCAUGCUGCUGUCUGACCCCGGCUCUGUGGCCACUGCUGAACUGGACAUCAGCCAGGCGGUGCAGGUCAGCACUGAGUUCAAGGCCGUGCGGACGCAGGAGAAAGCCCAGCUGCAGGAUCUGAACGACCGCUUUGCCAGUUUUAUCGAGCGCGUCCACGAGCUGGAGCAGCAGAACAAGUUGCUGGAUGCUGAACUGCUGAUCCUCAGGCAGAGGCAUGGGGAGCCCUCCCACCUCAGGUCCCUGUAUGAGCAUGAGAUCCGCCAGCUCCGUGCUGCUGUGGAGGAUGCCCGCGAUGAGAAACAGGCUGCUCAGAAUCACAGGGACCAGAUGGAGGAGGUGCUGCAGAGUCUGCAGGGCCGUUAUGAAGAGGAGGUAGUCAGCAGGGAAGAGGUGGAGGGCCGUCUGAUGGAUGCCAGGAAGAGGGCGGAUGAGGCCGCUUUGGGCCGUGUUGAGCUGGAGAAGAGGACAGAGACACUGCUGGAUGAGUUGGCCUUCCUGAAACGUCUCCAUGAGGGGGAGAUAGCUGAGCUGCAGACCCAGGUGCAGUACAAUGCCCAGGUGUCAGUGGAGAUGGAGGUGGCAAAGCCAGACCUGUCCGCAGCCCUCCGAGACAUCCGCGUCCAGUAUGAGAAACUGGCACACCGCAACCUCCAGUCAGCCGAGGAAUGGUUCCGCAGCAAGGUGAGUGUGAUGACAGAAGGCACCGCCCGCAACACAGACAACGUUCGCAGUGCCAAAGAAGAGGCUGGGGAGUACCGGCGCCUGAUCAAAACACAAAACAUGGAGAUUGAAGCCUGCCGUGGGAUGAACCAGUCCCUGGAGAAUCAGCUACAGGAGGUGGAGGAGAAACAGAGUGCUGAGAUCGCAGCCCUACAGGAAUCAAUUGGCCAGCUGGAGGACGAGUUGAGGACAACUAAGAAUGAAAUGGCUCGGUACCUGAAGGAUUAUCAAGACCUCCUGAACGUUAAGAUGGCUCUGGACAUCGAGAUAGCGGCUUACAGGAAGCUGCUUGAAGGGGAGGAGAAUCGCUUCAGUGCAGGAGGACCAGGGGAAAUGUCUAGUGUCUACUCCCAAAGCCUGUGUGUUGCCCCAUCCUACAGCCGCCCCAUGUUCUUCAUGCAGUCCAGCCUGAGCUCUGGUGCCCCCUACCCACGCAUGUACAGCUCAUCAUUUUCCUCUGCGGAUGAGAUUAUAGCUGCCAGUCAAGCACAGCCUGCUGAGUCAAGUCCUCAGGAAGAAGAGGAGGAAAAAGAGGAGGAAGAAGAGAAGGUAGAAGAGGAGAAGGGAGUCGAGGAAGCAGAGGAAGAGGAAGAAGAAGAGCAAAAAGCAGGUGACAAUGGAGAUAUGGAGAAAGAGGAAGCAGAGAAGGCUAACGAAAAUGGAGAAGAUGGAGGAGAUGAAAGCCAAGAAGGAGGAGAUGGAGAGGAGGAUGGAGCCACUGAAACAGAAGAAGGGGAUGAUAAUGGAGAAGAGGAAGAAAGCAAAAAGGAAAUAGAAGUGGCAGAAGAAAAAGAGAAGCCAAAAUAUAUAAAUAUUUAAAUCAAGAAUGAAUGGCACAUUGAGGUGCUCUACAAAUAGAUCAGUUCAGUUCAGUACAAUCAAUCAGGAAAUCACUGUAUAUACAGCAGAGGCCUUUAUGUUUGAGUGCAAAUAAGCGGUAUGGCUGUACACUGAGUGAAGCUGAGCAUGAGAGUGUAUGCAUGUGUGUGCCAGCAAGGUGCUUUUCAGAACAAUAAAAAGCUAAUACCUAUAUAUGAAAUACAUCAAAAUAAAUGCAAUAUGACUGCUUAAUUAAUGGGUGCGAGAAACGAGAGAGAGCAUAUGUGGAGUUUUGUGAGCAAAUACUGUAUUGUAUUAGCCUGUGGAAUAUUUGUUUAAAAAACCUAUGUGCUUUUCUGUCACCACAAUAUGCCUAUAAGAACACCAUUGUGUUCAAUACUUGAUUUGAAAUGCCUUGAUUUGUAAUGCCUUAGACAAAAUCUUCUUAGUGGGAUCCAUGAUGUACAGUACUGAACACAAAUAAAGACAUGAAACAUGUUCAUCUAAA